CGGUCGUCAUUAUAUUUUGUGUUGGUACAUUAAACUGGGGUCACAUUCAGCUCUAUCUAUAUUCAGCGCAGUGGGAGACAAGAUAUUGAGCAGAUAAUUCGCUAUUUUCGGGCUAAUUCUGUAAAGAUUUCCGCCGUACGCUCUGGUUGUUUUAAAAAAACAACCGACGAUGUUUUCCGACGAGAUCCAUACAGAGGAGCAGAUUAAUAACCUGAAACGUCAUGAGUACACACGCACAGGCCGCACGUUGGUGGAGCCCUUUAUGGAACCAUAUUGGUGGUGGCCCGUGGCCGACUUGGUUCCAAGGACCAUCAAUGCUAACGUUAUAUCAGUCUUUGGUGUGAUUCUUAACAUCAUCAGCACAGUGGUACUCAUGUACUAUGCUCCGACAGCAACUGAAGAGGCUCCACGCUGGGCGUACGCACUGGCUGGCGUGAACAUCUUUCUCUUCCAAACCUGUGACUCCGUAGACGGGCGGCAGUGUUUGAGGCACAAGACAAAGCUGAAUUGGCAUCUGCAGCUUGCUGAACUAUUCGACCAUGCUUGCGACUCGAUCACCAAAGUGUGUGUCACCAUUGAGUUUGGUAUCUGCAUGAAGAUAGGCGGUCGGCCGGAUCUCUUUGUACCGUUUAUGCUGACGGCAAUGUUCAUGUUUUUCACGGCACACUGGCAGACCUACAUCUCUGGAUUGGUGCGAUUUACCACGUUUGAUGUACUUGAGGCUCAGCAGGCUCUGUGCUUUGGCUAUCUGGCUACAGCCGUCAUGGGCCCACAUAUCUGGGCCAAAAAGGCAUUUGCGUUGGAGUGGAGGGAGCUGAUAAUAAUUGCAACAGCGAUGUCGAGCAUUUUAAAGUUUUUCAACCAAGCUGCCUUUGUUUGGGGACGGGGCCACCGUGUCACAAUUGCUGGCACUAGUUUGUUUGGACCAUCACUGCAUAUCGCCACAGCCUUUCUGCUUACAAUUGUCACCAAGGUCAUGACCAAUCUGUAUGAGCGUCAACCCUGUGUCUUCCUGAUCAUCUUUGGACUGAUUGAGGCCAAGAUGUCCAACCAGUUCAUGACUGCCUACAUGUACAAGUCCAAGGUGAAGCUUCUUGAUAGCACACUUCUCGGUCCGCUGAUUCUGUGUGUAAACCAUCUACUGAAUGAACCUAUCCAGGGAUACGCUCUGCUCUGGAUAGUCAUGGUGUACUGCGCAGCGGAUUGGCUGUUGUACUUUAGACGUGUCAGUCUGGGGAUGUGCCGCCUGUUGCAAGUCACAUGCUUUGGAUCGUACAAAUUUGAAGAUUAAUAAAUCAAUUAGGUAUUACUGAACAGCAACAAACAAGUUGGAAGCAAAAAUGUUUGGAAGUGGCGGCGAGAGAGAUGCUCUUUAGGAGAGCAAACACUGUGGCAUUCUUAAACAGCAAGGCAACCCUUAUUUUAUUGGGUUUCAAAACUUUUUUCGAAUCUAUGUUGUUUUUCAUGUAACAGGUGAUGGGAUUAUAUUUUUGUAGUAUGGAUAAAAGCCUACUCGAAACAUCAAGAACCACAUGAUCGCACAUUGCCAAAAGUAUUAGUGCCAUUUAUUGAAUAAAACAAAGUUGCAGUAGUGUAUUUGCCACAUGGUCCAU